GUGAUUUGGGGAAUAUGUGGGGGGAGACACACCAAUGGUCCAGCAGAACAGGAUGGCCAGGACCCCGUCCAGCUCCACACAGGAGAUCCAGAUGGAUGUGUUAGAGGGGCACAGCCUACAGGCCAAAUAUGCCAAGAGGAAAAGUCGUUUUAAGCGUUCAGAUGGCAGCACCAGCUCUGAUACCACCUCCAACAGCUUUGUGAGGCAGGGUUCUGCGGAGUCAUACACCAGUCGCCCGUCAGACUCAGAUGUGUCUCUUGAGGAAGAUCGGGAAGCCUUGAGGAAGGAGGCAGAGCGACAUGCUUUGGCACAGCUGGAAAAAGCAAAGACAAAACCUGUGGCCUUUGCAGUUCGGACAAAUGUGGGAUAUAGCCCAUCCCCCGGGGAUGAUGCCCCUGUGCAGGGAAUGUGCAUCAACUUUGAUCCCAAAGACUUCCUUCACAUCAAGGAGAAAUAUAACAAUGAUUGGUGGAUUGGGCGUGCUGUGCGAGAAGGCUGUGAAGUUGGAUUUAUCCCUAGUCCUGUUAAGUUAGAGCACAUGAGACUUCUUCAGGAACAGAAGAUGCGACAGAGCCGACUAAGCUCCAGUAAAUCCAUUGGUAAUUCCAACAGUUUAGGUGAUGUGGUUAGUGGGACCCGCAGACCUACACCCCCAGCUACAGCUAAGCAGAGGCAGAAGUCAACAGAGCACAUCCCCCCUUAUGAUGUUGUUCCAUCCAUGAGGCCGAUCAUUCUAGUGGGACCAUCUUUAAAGGGUUAUGAGGUCACAGAUAUGAUGCAGAAAGCUUUGUUUGAUUUCUUGAAGCACCGAUUUGAUGGGAGGAUUUCCAUUACUCGGGUCACUGCUGAUAUUUCUUUGGCCAAACGUUCAGUCCUGAACAACCCAAGCAAACAUAAUAUUAUGGAGCGGUCCAACACACGCUCCAGUCUUGCUGAGGUACAGAGUGAGAUUGAGCGCAUCUUUGAACUGGCUCGAACCCUGCAGCUAGUUGCCUUGGAUGCUGACACCAUCAACCACCCAGCUCAGCUUGCUAAGACCUCCUUGGCACCCAUUAUUGUCUACAUUAAGAUCACUUCUCCAAAGGUAUUACACCGGCUGAUAAAAUCCAGAGGAAAGUCCCAAGCUAAGCAUCUGAAUGUACAGAUGGUGGCAGCUGAUAAAUUGGCACAGUGCCCCCCGGAAAUGUUUGACAUCAUCCUGGAUGAGAACCAAUUGGAGGAUGCAUGUGAACACCUGGCAGAGUACCUGGAAGCCUACUGGAAGGCCACCCAUCCACCCAGCAUCAACCCACCCAACCCACUGCUUAACCGUACCCUUGCCACUGCAGCCCUGGCAUCCAGCCCCGCGCCUGUCUCCAACCUCCAGGGUUCCUACUUGGUACACGGGGAGCUGAGGCCGGAUGGAGCAGAUCAGAUGGGUAUGUACGAGGGGCAACUUCGGAGAGGUCAGAUGGGCUCUCGCAUCCUUUCCCGACAUGACACGCUGGAGUCGGAGACACAGGGCAGUCGGGACUCUGCCUACACAGAGCCAGGUGAUUCCUGCAUGGACAUAGAGACUGACCCUUAUGAGGAUCCAGAGCCUAAGAGCCAAGGAGGAGAGACCAGGAGGCUCCAGCGUCAAGGGUCUUGGGAGGAGCUGGGUCCGGAUCAAGAGAACCUACUGCAGAGGAGAAGGAGGGAAUCUCCAAGGCCGCAAGGGAAAGGCAGGGAGCAGUACUGGCAUGAAGGGGAUGGCAGGAACAGGGGGCAGCUGGACAGCUGGGGUAGAGAUGUAUGUAUUCGUUAGGCCUGGGCAUAAGGGAACCACACAACUCAAACACACACUUCCCUUAGCAUUCGACUGUAUUACCCUAGCCUCUUCUGCCUACUGUACAGUUCUGUUUCACUCCUCAUUCUCGGCAUCUUGCAUUACAUUUACUCCAGAAGCAUUGCCAUCUGUAACACCCCCAAUGCCCUACUGCCACCACCCGUUCCUUUUUACACCUCAGGGCUCUUACAUGUAGCCACUGGACUUUCCUCUGGUUCUCUUUAACCAUCACUGCCCUGUGAUCUACGGACAUUCCUACUGCCCUGUGACUCUCUCUCUCUCUCACUCUUUGCACUAUCAAUGCUACCCACUGUCUCUUUGCACCAACACUGCCCUUUUGCAAUCUAACUGCACUGACACUGCCCUAUGACACUCUGCACUGACUUGUAUUCAUUCCCUGCCCUUUGUGCAUUUCCCACUUCUCUGGGAUCAACUCACAGCACUAACAGUGCCCAGUGACCCAGUUACUGUACCAUGUCUACAGACCUACUGAUUGUACGACAUUGCCUUCUCAUCGCCCACUAUCCUUAUCCUAGCCCACUUCAAGCCUGGACUGGCAAUCUGUGGGGUCUGGCAAAUGGGGCUGCUGAAAGAUGCUAUAGACAGUCACUAUUUAUUGGGCUGGGGGGGUCUGUUUGUGCCUCUGGGUACUGGGAAUGCCAGGGGGGCUGUAAGGUGCCACAGACAGUCACUAUUUAUUGGGCUGGGGGGCUGUUUGUGCCUCUGGGUACUGGGAAUGCCAGAGGGGCUGUAAGGUGCCAUAGACAGUCACUAUUUAUUGGGCUGGGGGGCUGUUUGGGCCAAUGUGUACUUGGAAUGCCAGGGCCUAUUUUGAUUUCCAGUCCAGGCCUGGGCCACUCUCGUAGUCUCACUUCCCCAACACACAUUGCACUAUCAACCCAGCAAUUGCACAACGCUGUCCUCAUGAGAACCCAGUGUCUUGUAGUACCCUCUUUGCACUACCCCAGUCUCAGCUCCCUGAUUUAGAGAGGAGGAAGAAGCCCUUCCAAGCCAGUAGCAACCCCCACGUUCCAAGCUCCUCCUGCACCCCUUAUAGAAACGAGUACCAGGUCUCCGGCAGCCUGACCUGUUGGGGGUUUCGGAGAGACCCCACCACCCCACUCAACAAUGUGCCAUAAACUGACUUGCUGGAGAGAAGAAUGCAUACCACGAAUGUAUUACACACUUUGUGCCAGAAGGGACAGCCUCUCUUAGAGCUGACGAAUUACCCACAUAUCUGGAAACAUUGCCCCCCCCCCCCCCGUGACUAGCCGGGCGGAAGGAGUUAACAGAUGCCUGAUGUAUACACGUGCCUGCAUAUGUUGAUCAUUUUUUUUGCCUGCGGUUCCUUUCAUAAUAAUGAUUCCUGCUUGGUUUGUGUUCCUAAUUUGUACCGACCAAAGGGUUUUGGCAUUGAGUAUUCCCAGCACAAGCUUUUUCCAAAGGGACGAAGAUUGUCGUUUUUUCAUUGUGAGUUACUUUUUUGGUUUUUUUUUUGGUUUUUUUUUUGGACUUGUUUGUAGUAGAAUCUUCAGAGGCCCAUUCUCCGCUCAUAUUGGUUCAGGCCCAGAACUUCCGAGGGAUACAGUGAGAUAUAUACAUAUAUAGGUGCCGAAAGUGUAUUCAUCCCUUCCUCAGAUAUCUCUUGAUCUAGUUUAUGUGAAUAUAUAUAUUUAUAAACAUGAAUUCAAUGUAUGCAUUGUAUAAACAAGCCUCUUAAAUGAUUUAUACAUACAUUUACACGUAUUUAUACAGUCCUAAUUAAAACCUGGUAAGAUACUUA